CCCUUGGAAGAACUUUCAAGAGUGUCAAAUUUUCAAAACGGCAUUGGAUAUGAAGCAUGUUAAAAGGCAAUGGAAGGUGAAGAAUUAGAAGAUAAACUCCAAAGGAUUUUCCUCUAUACAAACAGGCUGAGGAGGGAAAGUCCAAGCAUGCUGCCUCUCCAAUUCAUGGUCCAAAGAGUCAAUGCCUCAUCUCCUCACAUGUACCUUCCCUUUAUAAAUCCCAACAUUUUACUGACUUGGUUUUGAAGCCAUGGAGUCCUCUCCCCUCCUCUCCUCUCCUCUCCAAUGGCAGACACUUGACCCACCAUAGGGCCAGCCAUACAUUAAUUCUAUCACCUUGAUGUGGCACUCAAACCCAAGUUAAAAAGCCCCCCUAGUUGAAUUGGGCACACUUAUCUCCUUCUCUCUCUCUCUCUCUCUCUCUCUCUCUCUCUCUCUUCUUCUUCUUCUUCUCUCCCUUAGCUUGAGUUCAGAGCUUGUUCCUUCUCUCGUUGAAUUUCUUGUCUCCAAGUUUUUUCUGAUCUAAAUUGUUGGGCACAUUGCUGUCUUCAUGGGGAGGCACUCGUGCUGCUACAAGCAGAAGCUGAGGAAGGGUCUGUGGUCUCCUGAGGAGGACGAGAAGCUGCUCGACCACAUCACCAAGUUCGGCCAUGGCUGCUGGAGCUCUGUACCCAAGCUGGCAGGCUUGCAGAGGUGCGGGAAGAGCUGCCGGUUGAGGUGGAUAAACUACCUGCGGCCGGACCUCAAGCGGGGCAUGUUCUCCGAGGAGGAGGAGAGGCUCAUCGUCGAACUCCACGCCGUGUUGGGCAACAGGUGGUCUCAGAUUGCGUCGCGAUUGCCCGGGAGGACGGACAACGAGAUCAAGAACUACUGGAACUCCUGCAUCAAGAAGAGGCUGAAGCAAAAUGGGAUCGACCCGGACACCCACAAGCCGCUGAAAGAAGACCACAAGCCGGCCGCCGCCGAAACCGGCGACGAGCCACCCGUCGCCGUAGCUCCCUCGACCACCACCCCGGUUGAGAAUUCGAGCUCCCUCUCGAGGGAGCAGCCCACGAGCCACAACCCGACGCCGCUCUGCUGGUUCGAGCCGACGAGCUACGGCAGCGACGCACUGAUUGCUUCGGUGGUGAAUCUGCCGCGAGAAGAAGCUUGCUUUCAGCCAUUGCAGUACUUGGAGGGGGGAAUCGGAAUCGGCAUCAUGAACCCGAGCAGCAGCAGCGGGAGCAGCGUGAAUAGCAGUGGAGUGGAGAUGCAGAGCUACAACAGUCCUCUAAUGGAAAUCAGUGGCAUGUUUCCAUGGUCAGAUCAGUUGCUGCUUCCAAACAAAGGAGCUGAAAUCCACAUUGAAGGUGAGCCAGAGGACCUCAAGUGGUCAGAGUACCUAAAUGGCACCAUUAGAUGCUUGAAUUCUUGGCAUCCAAAAUGAAUAAUAAUAAUAAUUAUUAUUAUUAUUACUAUUGAAGGAUUAAGAGAGGGAAAAAAAAAGAAAAAGAAGAAGAAAGAUUGGUAAUUUUUAGGGCCUGUGAGUUUGUGUACAUAAGGAGUCAUAUAUACUUGAGCUGUUGAUGAAUAAUUUGGAAGAGAACGUGCAUGAGGCUCUUUUGUUAGUUUGUUUAUUUUAUUUAUUUAUUUUUCACUGUGAUUCUA